AUGCCUGCCGCCGCCGCCGCCGCCAAGCCCGACUUGCGGGCUUGCGCCGCGUGCCGGCACCAGCGCCGGAAGUGCCGGCCUGAUUGCCAGUGGGCCGAGUUCUUCCCCGCCGCCCUCCCACAGACCUUCGCCAACGCCCGCGCCCUCUAUGGCCUCAGGAACAUGAACGAGCUGACCAGGCACCUCCCGCCCGAACCUCGCAGGAUCGCCAUGGAGACCAUCAUCUUCGAGUCCAACAUGAGGGCCUUCGACCGCGUGGGCGGGUGCUACCGCGUGAUCCGCGACCUGGCCGCCGCUGUCCAGCUGGUCGAGUGUGAGCUCCGGCGUGCUCAGCAGCUGCUCGCUAUGCUUCGCGGCUCGGAGCUCGGUGUCGGUAGCAAUGUCGAGAAUUGCAAUCUGGGGUUGCCGCAAAGAUCGAGUCAGGAUCAAGAGGUUUCACUGCGCCAUUAUUUCAUCGCGGACGAUCUCGGAGCGUCGACUUCAUCAUGUCGAGUCGAUGAACCGCCAGGCGCCAACCCGUUGCCCGGUCAUGUUUGCCGAAGCGAUCAGCCAUUGAAUUUUCUCGACGAACAAAUAAGCAGCGGCACGGUCCCGGUAAUGGAUGGCGCGAGCUCGACGUACAUCAAUCAGUUAGAGCUUGAUCCGAGUUCGAUCGCGUCACAGUUGUGUCCCCCCGGUAACAAGUCUCUGAAGACAGUCGAAUGCACGAACUCGUGGCUUCUCGCCGGCGUUUACCCGAGAGAUCAGCCAUCGAACUUCCUCAAACUCAAAUCGCUCGACAAAAUCAACAGGCAAAGUAGGCCUAUUGUUGCAAGGGACGAGCUCGAUGGACGAUAAAUUAAAGAGUAAUUAGGAUUCAAUUGCUUCCCAGUUGUUCUCUCGGGAAGAAAUUUUGUUCACUCUGAAAGAUUCAAACCAAAGCAAGUAAUUAUUUCCACUCAUGAAAGUAUCAUUCUUUUUCCUUAGCUGCUUAUAUUUUUGGUUUUGUCUCAUUUCCAAGAAAUUAAUACAGCUUAGGAGAAACUUUUGAAAAGAUU